CCACCACUACACACUACACUACACACUACACACUACACACUACACACUACACACUACCCAUCCACACAUUCACUACCAUAAUUCCUUACCCAUUCCUUACAAUACCCUAACCACCUCGUACCCUACACCCUACACUACGACACGACCCUACCCUACCUACCCUACCUACCCUUCCUACCCAUCACAUCCUUACCUUUUUCCUUUUCCCUACUAAUCUCUCUCUACUACUGAGUCCACUCUACUCUACUCUACUCUACCCUCGCUACUCCCUCGCUCUACUGGCUAGACAUGCCCUACUAUACAUCUAAUUCUCUCCCCUUCACUACUACUAUUACUACUCCCACUGCCGCUGUCGCCGCUACUUCUUCUACUUCUACUUCUACUUCUACUACUGCUCCCGCUACUCCCACUACAACUACAACUACAACUACUCCCGCUGCUCCUGCCACUUCAACCUCCGCGACUCAACCCGCUCCCUCCCAAAACAACCAACCUUCCCGACCCUCCACUCUCUCCGCCCAAUUCAACCAACACAAGAGCGACUCUUCCUCCUCUACCUCGUCGACCUCCUCCGCCUCGCUCUCACCUUCGCCUUCGGCUUCGCCCGCCCCGCUGGCCACCGACAACUCCACCGGUGUCCAAGACGUAAACGUGCCGCCGUCCGUCGAGCAGCAACUGCAACAGCAGCAACAACAACAACGCCGCCGUCGCUCCACCUUGACUUCACUCCUACGAAAGGACGUCCCCCUCACCUCGUCCCUGUCCUUCUCUCGUGGCCGGCUCCAACAAUCCACAAACACUCGCUCGCGAGAUCCCUCUAUCAGUAAUAGCAUACGAUCCUCGAGCAAGGAAGAUCUAUUCGACCCUUCCUCCACGCACCUCCGUACCUCUACAUCAGCAGUCUCAAUAAACGAAAGACUCACCCCCGAACACACCGCAGCCUCAACGCUGGCUCGCAGCAUAGAUUCAACGCCAUCUUCGGCCUCGGCAAAUUUGGCAGGCAAGAAGAUGCAUCAAACAUCCUCGCGGUUGCUCCGCAUGACGGACGAUGAGAGGCCCUUCACAAGAGAUUUCAAAGACCUGUUCGCCACAUUAAUGGUCUCUCUUCCAUUGACACCCCACCGUGUCCGCUUUCGAAUGAUCGAUAACACAUUUACUACAGAUGAAGCAAUCACUAACCUCGGUUCUCUGAAAUUCUCCCAAUCAAACCGCAUGCCGGAUCCCAAGGACUCGUCUCGCGUGGUGACCACUACCACGACCACCACUUUCUCCAUGGCGAAAGAGAUGGCUAGGUCUGUGUGCAACAAAUUCCUCGAGGCCAAGUUCAUUGAGUCGGUGGAAGGAAAAUUGGACUUCACCAACAAGAGCUCCGUGUGGCAAUUGACACCCAAGGGUAUCCACAUCCUCGAGCGAUUCUGUUCCCGCAAUGGUAUCCAAUCCGCACACGUCAAGCACGUUAUUGAGUCACAGCGAAACCCCCACCAAUUGGUGACACUCGAGCGCGAUACCGACACUGACAAGCUGCACCACGACGAGCAGACGAUUGAGAUUCUGUUCCGUCGCUUCUGCGGUGCCUCUGCUAACGAGACCGUGAACUCCGACUCUGACUCCAUUCACGAAUUCUCCAGAUGCGAUGUCGGCGUUCGCAUGUCGAAGCACAAGCCAACCGCCUCUCGACCGUACGAGCACAUCUUCACCGGCAAGGCAACCGUUGACUGGCUGAUGGACUGCUGUACAAUGGUCGACCGUCGUGAAGGCCACGAGAUUGGCCAGCUCUUUGUCGAGCUUCGCUUGAUUGCGCCGGUAGACCCUCGUCAGGAGAAGUUCGUUCCUUCCAAACAGACACAUUACUACGUCACUCAACACGGUGAGCAAAUAGCUGGCUGGACUCUCCUCGACGAGUCGACGAUCCCCGCCGAUAGUGGCAACGUAAAGGCUCGCGAGGGUGCUGCCCGCGACUCGAACAGCAACAGGACCAACGUCAUCAUCCGCAACCCAUCGUGGCGUCUUCUGUACCGUGAGUUCUUGAAGGAGACUAUGUGCGAGGAAAAUUUGUCCUUCUACUUGGAGGUCCAAGAGUUCAACAGUCAAUACAAGUCUGCCAUCAACACCUCUGGUGACCACAAGAUUGAGACCAUCCGAGAGACAUUGGCUGCUGCUUAUGGCCUGUACAACGCUUUCCUAGCCCCAGGUUCCCCCAACGAGCUAAACAUCGACCACGCGCUCCGCACGCAACUUGCUACCCGCAUGACCCGUGCUGUUGGUGACGACACCGCCAUGAUGCAGAGUCUCGUUGAGGUCGCUCUGCUGUUUGAGAAGGCACAAAACUCGAUCUUCAAGCUCAUGUCUAGCGACUCGGUGCCCAAAUUCAUCAAGCACCCCAAGUACGGUCCCCAACUUCGUGGUCUCGAUGCCGCAGCCGCGCAAGCCUAUGCUACUUCGACACGGUGAAGCUCGGAAACAACAUGAAGUAAAGCGUAGCAACCAUUCUACUAGCACGCACGCAUCCUGAUCCGGCAUUGAAAUGAACGAAUUGAUCGCCA